AUGCUGGGCUUCGGACACCUCGACCUGAAGGGAACCUUCAAUGCGAGGUUGACCCUGACGGUCCUUCUCAUCGCCUUUUCCCAAUUCAAUUUCGGCUUCGACAACCAGGGGUUUGCGUCCACGCAGGCUAUGGAUGCCUUCAUCAAGCAAUUCGGCUCCUACAACGAGAAGACAAAGAAGUACUAUCUAGACCCCGUUUGGGUAUCGUUCUUCAAUGGCUUUAUGUAUAUCGGUCAGGCUUCAGGUGUAAUCAUUGGAAGUUACAUCAGUAGACGCUGGGGUAGACGCAUGUGCAUGUUCACCAUGAGCAUCUGGGCGAUCAUUGCGGCCACCAUAGUCAUUACUUCCAAGUCCUCCGAUCAGAUCCUUGCUGCUCGCGUUCUCAACUAUAUAUAUAUCGGCAUGGAACUGUCCGUGGUGCCCGUUUUCCAGUCUGAGAUUACCCCUGCCCAGACCCGCGGAUUCGUCGUUGGUACUUAUCAAGUCGCCCUAUACGUUGGUGGGCUCAUCAUCAACUGCAUCGCUCGUGGCACCGGGUCCAUGCCCGGCAGGGAGGCAUAUAUGAUUCCGUAUGGCCUGUUCUAUGUUGUCCCCACAAUUGUGUCUGCUUGCAUCUGGUUCGUACCGGAGUCACCCAGAUGGCUUGUCUUGAAGGACCGCCCCGAGGAUGGCAUGAAGGCUCUCCGGCAACUGCGUGACGGCAAGUUCACUGACCAAGAAAUUGAGGAAGAGUUCGCCGUCAUUGUUGCCGGCAUCAGGCAAGAAGUCGAGCAGGGAAGCUUCCAGGACAUCUUCAAGCGAGAUCAGUUCCGUCGGACCAUGGUUGUCCUUGGAUGUAACUUCCUAUUGCAGGCGACUGGUCAGAUCUUUACCCAAAUGUACGGCGCUCUGUUUGUCAAGUCUCUCGGCACCAUCAACCCGUUCACCGUGACGAUCAUCCUGGCUGUGGUCAACACGCUGACCGCGAUUCUUGCCAUGGUGCUUACCGACAAGCUCGGACGACGAUUUCAGCUUCUCGUUGGCGCAUCUAUCCAGGCUGCUGCCAUGAUGACUAUGGGAGGGCUGGGCACCGCGUCGAACAUCACAGGGGGCAUGAAGAUUGGUAUCGUCUCGAUGAUGGUAGUCUCUUCCUUUGGGUACUCUCUUGGAUGGGCCCCGACGGCUCACAUCCUAUCUGCCGAAAUCCCCUCCACUCGGUGUCGUGACAUGACCUACCGAACUGCCUCCGUCCUCAAUGUUGCUACUCAGUUCGCCGUGUCCUUUUCCCUUCCGUACCUGCUCAACGCUCCCUACGCCGCUCUCGGAUCCAAAGUCGGGUUCAUCUUUGGAUCCAUCGCUGUCCUGUCUAUCGUCUUCGUCUAUGCUUUUGUCCCUGAUGUGUCCGGCCGCUCCUUGGAGGAGGUUGACAGGCUCUUCGAGUCAUCCAUCCCGAUGAGGAAGUUUGGCAAGGUCAAGGUCGACAUGACUGUCGAGAACACCAAGGGCGGCGAUGAUACUGUUUUUGUACACGCCGAUAUCACGCCCAAGAAUCAGGCUGUGCAUACCGAGGACAGAAGAGUGUAG